AGCGUGCAGUCCCAGCGUCGCUGGAGUUGGCGGGAACCCCAAGACAGGCCGCACUGUAUACAACACCAACGGACUAUGUCUGAAGCCGCAAGUGGUUGGAAACACCUGCACUAUGACUAACCGAUACACAAAUGUCGUGGACAACGAGCAGUCCAACUCCAGGACGAAACGAACAACAAUCUCAUUCCCUUGCUCAGAAGGCUUUUCCGAUCCCGUGAACGAGGCGUUUGGAGUGGCCAAUGACGCUCUGCACUUCGGCACAAUCACAGGCACUCUCUAUGAGGAAAAGUACAACUUCAGAGCACUCCCAUACGCACCUCGUUUAGUGGUUCACUAUGGCAGUUGUUACGACAACGCCUUCUGGGAUGGCACGGACAUGUACUUCGGGGAUGGUUGCCGCACCUUCUACCCCCUCGUCAGCCAAGACGUUGUCACGCACGAGUUGGGUCACGGCAUCACCUCACGGAACAGUGACUUGAUCUACAGUGGUCAAUCUGGUGGCAUCAACGAAGCUUUCUCGGACAUGUCUGGAGAAGUGGCCGAAAUAUUUGGCCGGGGCAACAACGACUGGAAGGUUGGUUUCGAACUGUUUAAAGGCAACCGACCUCUGCGCUACUUCAUCAGACCACCUGAUGACGGCGUUUCUAUCAUGCACGUCAGGGACUACACAAGCAGAAUGGACGUGCAUUUUAGCAGCGGUGUCUUCAACCACGCCUUUUACCAACUCGUUGCUAUCCAAAACAUGCCAAUCUAUGACGCUUACGAGUGUUUCGUGAGCGCUAAUCGGCUGAUUUGGUCCCAGAACACCAACUUUGAGGCUGGUGCUUGUGGUGUGAUGCAGGCCUGCCAUGAUCUCGGCUUUAGUCACACUAAGGUGGCAGCUGCCUUCGACGUGGUCGGCAUCGACCUAGGUUCAUGCGAUUACUCUGCUCUAUCCACUGCAGUCUCCCAGGGCCAGGCCAGGGACAACAUCCGGGCUUCUGCAACACGUAACCCCAUUAUGAAACUCCAGAAAAACAGAAGCCCGCUCAUCGUGGAAGCUAACGCACUAGACGAAUCCGAUGUCCACAUCGACGUCUGCACCGAUGCUGGAUGUGAACAAGUUAUCACUUCGGGGUCUAACAGAUUGUCCGUCUCAUCUACCAGUGGGGGCACCUUGUACGCCAGGCUCUCCUCCACAAGUACCGACGAGGUCAAGAUCAACCUUUCUGUCUCCUAGGAAAGUCAAAGAUAUUUGAAGCGGUCGAGCGAAAACCAAGCUUAGUUCCUCCCCGUUUUGGAGAAAAGGAAAAAAAAAGGUCCAUGCUUGAAAUACAAAAGGAAAAUAAAACACCAGCACAAUAAACAAACAAACAAACAAACAAACAAACAAACAAACACCAACGCAGCUUCAGUCCUCACAAUGUUUAAUUCUGCGCAUCGCACACAGUUGACUUAUGACUGAUAAAUUUAUUGAAUCGUACAACUCUACGACAAUUGACUUAUAACUUCGCUGCCCUUCCCCUUCCUUUUUUGAAGACUAUAAAUUAAAAUGAUGACCAGCAAACUAUAUUUUCCAAUUGACCGGAACGA